CUACUUGUGAUGAUUGAUAGGGAUAAAUGCCACGAUAACAGAAUGGCACUUUUCUGAUUUUCUGACAUGGAAAAUCUGUCUUACAAAGUGGGACUACCUUUGAACAAACUGGAUCACAUGUGGGAUGACUGAGAGUGGAUUCACAAUGAACGAUUCAGAGGAGGAAGAGGAGUUCCAUGAUGCAGUGGAUACCUUCUUUGAGCCGGAAGAAGAUUCUCUGAUAUCAUCACACUCUGACCAGCCCAGCCCUCCUAUCCAGAUUAUUGCAAGUGAAAUAUGCAGUGAUUCGGUGUCUCUCCAGUGGGACACUCCUGCUGGUGAAGUACUGAGCUAUACUGUGACUCGUUGCAGCGAGGGGAAAACUGUGCAAGAGCUAUCAACAGACUCAAACAGUCUGACCUUCAGCUGCCUGAAGCCAGGGGUGUGUUACUCCUUCCAUGUAUCUGCACAACUUAAAAAUGGAACACAAACCAAGCAAACAGUGACAUCUGUUAAAACAAAGAGUGAUGGAACUAGAAGCAGAUGCAAUGGGACAUGAGCUACUUUUUGUGGAUGAGGCUGGUUUUCACCUCACUAAGACAAGGAGACGUGGCAGGAACAUUAUUGGACACCGUGCCAUCAUCAAUGUCCCAGGACAACGUGGUGGUAACAUAACCAUGUGUGCAGCUAUAAGCCAAAAUGGUGUUGUUCACCAUCAUGCAACCA